CCACUACUUGCAGAAAAAGCAGUCACACACCCCGGGGUAUAAAUAGCUCGCCCUCCCCCUGCCAGCUCAGUGUCCUUUGCAAAUGACAACUGCAGUGGAGCAAAAUGCAAACGACGGUGCCGUCGCGCCCGAGACUUUGUUAAAGAAAAGAAAGGUCAAUGAGCAAAAGCGCCAGGAGCGUGUGGCCGAGGCGAAAGCUCGUAAGGAGCUUCAGCUGAAGAAGCGUAAGGUUACCUUCAAGCGCCUGGAAUCCUUUAUGAAAGACGUCAAGACGAAACAAUGCGAAAAGCGUCGUCUUAACCGUUUGAAGCACAAGCCCGCUUCCUCCCUCGGAGAUGCAUCCGCCAAGCUUUUGUUUGUGGCUCGGGUUGGUAUUGCGUCCAACAUUCCUCUUCGGGCUCGUAAGGUCUUGGCCUUGCUUCGCCUGACAAAGAUUGACACCGGUGUGUUCGUUCGCAACAACGAGUCCAUGGUUAAGAUGCUCAAAAUUGUCGAGCCAUACGUUGUUUACGGAACUCCCAGUCUUAAGUCUGUUCGUGAGCUGAUUUACAAGCACGGCUACGGAAAGGUUGGAGGAAAGAACGUUGCUCUUUCCGACAACGCUAUCGUUGAAGAGGCCCUUGGCAAGUUUGACGUCGUGUCUUUGGAGGAUGUGAUUCACGAAAUCUUUAACCUUGGAUCUCAUUUCAAACAAAUUAACACUUUCUUGCGACCUUUCAAAUUGACGGCUACCAAGCGUUCUAUCAUCGAGCGUAAGGCUAAGCAUCUCGUUGAGGCUCCUCGCACUGGUUUUUGCGCUGAAGCCAUCAACGACUUGAUCAAGGAACAGGCAUAGAUAUCCCUUCUCGUUGAUCGCGUUUUUUCUUUUUUGGCGCUCCGUCUCCACAAGCGACGUUUACAGUACUUCUUCCGUUCGAUCGUCCAUCAUCCUGAUCAUUGUUCCCUUUUGCCUUGCCGCUGCCCGUAGCAGUGUGUCUUCGCUUCCUGUCCGUCUUCUCUUGUCUUUCUGUUUGGUUUCGGGGUUUAGUCAUGUACAUUAGGCUGUAUGAUUUUUUAGUAAUGGGUUCUGGGUUUUUUCGGUUACAAACACAGUGGUGUAUUUUCGUUGAGCAGACUGGGACGGUAACUAAAACUUGGAACUGAAAUUCGUGUUGAAACUGUUCUUGAACCCGUGAAUUGUUUACACUGAUGGUUUUGCUUCGUCUCCCGCUGUUAAACUUGAAAUUGAAUCGUUAACAACUAUUACUACUGCUGUUCUGGCUCUUGCUCUCUUAUCGUUGAGUGCUUUGACUGAAGAUUCCGUGAAUUUGCAGGUCUUGCCUCUGGGUGGGCCCAAACUCCUCGUCUUGGUCAAUGUCGUCUGCGAAUGCCUCAAGUUCCUCUUCGUUCGGCAUUUCGUCGACGUAGUAAGAGAUGGAACCACCGCCUUGGCUCCCUCUGUUUUCGUCGUUUGAACCCUGCUGCUCGGAAUUGGUGAACAGAAUAGACUGAAAUAGCGGUUCAGCGGCGUUGUCGGACUGUUCCUCCGGUGAGUUAUGUUAGCAGGGAAACGUACGUAAGAGCGGAGCAUUGAAACAUACCUGUGAACGCCAACUAACACUCGCCUCUGGUUCCACCGGCAUAGCGUCUAUAUCUGCAGAGGUGAUUGAGGUGUCGGCGGCUGCUAAAGGCUCUGCUGCUGCUGCUGUUAUGGCAUUCAGUUCGGGUCUGGCAGGACUCGGGACUGACAGCAUGGAAGUUAGUCUUGAAGUGGCUGCUUGUUGCAACACGCCAUCUGUUCUCGCUGAACGAUACCAGCGUGCUCCUGUGCCCGUAGGUGCUCCCGCUGCUGCGGUUGCCUUUGAGUUAACGUCUGGCGGAGCAAUUGUCGCCUCGAUGAUUUGCACAACAACAUCUUGUUGUGGUCCUUUGACGAUUUCAAACAGAGCCGGGUUGUUUGGGGUGCUGUAGUAAGCAUUAAUGUCUACGCCGAGUGCGUCUGCCAAGCUUACGGCUGCCUAAGCGGGUUUGUUAGCUCUUUGAAGCGGAGUCAAACAAUCUGUGACAUACGCGAAACUCCCGAAGUGACAUGGCAAUAGGUACACCUUGAGUGAGUGCUACAUGUUCGAAUUCCUUGCCAUCAAUAGACACACUUGUUUGAGUGGGUUGUUUUAGAACGUCUGUCACGUAGCAGAGUUAACAUAAAGGUUGUGUGUGGAGCUGUGCACCAUACCAUUAUUGUGGACCACUUCUUCCGUGAAACUUGUUAACAGGAGUCGAUCAUUUGCUGCUUCCAAGUACAGCUCCUCUGUUCGCUGUCCAAAAUGUUCGAUUAAGUCUCGAAGCACUUUGGAAUUGAUUGUCCAUGUAUUGUGACAAUUGGCCUUGUCAAACAUGGCAUGCGGUGAUUCGAUCUGUUCGUACGAGAUGCGAAACGUUUUUACUAUACCUAUUUAAUGGUGUCCAGUUAGAACAGACGAAGCUGUGUGUGCUGUUUCGUUAUCCUUCCUGCGUACCAUGUUUACAGCUCAACUUUACCGUCAGAUUGCAGUUGUGUCUUCCGGUCACCAACUUGAAACUGGCUUGUUCAACAGUAACAUUUCGUUUCAUGGCAGUGUCAUCGUCUACGCUCGCAGCCACGGCAUUCGCAGGAUGGGAUGAGGACUCAAAGAGUUUGUUUUUGAAGAUGGCCAAUAAAGGUCGCAGCUGCGUCUUAAUCUCUAUAGUUUCGUUGGCGAAACCAGUCAACUGCAGAGGAUCGGGUCGGAAAACAUACUUUUCGAAGAAACCCUGUCUCAAGCAGGCUGUAGCAAAUCCUGAUUUUGAAGAAUUCAAUGCAGCCAAUGUAAUCUGUUCAUCCAGCACCUGGUUAGCUCUCUUUGGUUUUGCAACGGACGACGAACCUGAUUCCGUUUCAUCUGCCAGUGCACAGCAUCAUCAAUUUUUGACAACGCAAGCAGGACUUUAGAGAAGUCUCUCAAGUUUAGGUAUGAAAUGGAAGCCUCCAUUUUCAAAUCAGGACUUGUUCAGUCGCAUGGACGUAAACAAACGCGUCGCGUGAACUGGUGGUGGAGUAGGAGGUUUGUCGAGGUAAGGCGAGGCAGGAAGUGCUGGCCGAACAGGAGGAAGCUAGCUGCUUUAAAUGUCAAAGUCGGUCAUUAACUUUGGUCGCAAACAGACUUCUGAAUUACAAGAAAUUACGCUGAAAUCCUAAGACUAAGUCGGCACCUCCGAUUGCCCUACUUUCCAGCUCUUGCAGAGUCCUCCUAUCUAUUACACCAAAACCAUACAUUGCAUAUACAGAAAUCUAAUAAAACCCAAUUAUCCAAAAAGCUUAAAGCCAGCAUCAACAAGAACUUCCUCUUGACCUUGUUGUUGCUCAAGACCCUCAUUCGUUGCGGGCUGCUCUGUUAAGAACACCUGUUGUCCCAAAAGACUGUUGAACAGGUCGCUAAGUUUGUGUUAGUAAGAUAUGUAAUGUGUCUUGAGGCGGUAACAUGUAAUGGGAACGAAUAUGAAACCCGAUGUACACUUCAAAAGCGCCAAUUACUUACUCCUUCUGUUCGUCGGUCCAUGAACCAGUCUCAAUGGGUACCAUAAACUAGUAUAGUUAGCAAAAGAAUAAAGAACAGAUAAUAAACGGCGACAUUGAAGACCCGCAUUCGGCUUCUUUG